AUGUCUAAGGCAGCUACUGCACGUUCAAAAUUUGCAGAACUUCGUGCCCUUCGAGAAUCCGGCAAGAAACGUCUCGAUACGUACCAAGUUCACCAGGAAGAGGAUUUGUACGAGGAAGUGGACGAGGAUGGGUAUAAAAAGGUUGUCAGAGAGCGCUUGAAUCAGGAUGAUUUUGUUAUAGAUGACAAUGGCGAAGGUUACGCAGAUGAUGGGCGCGAGGAGUGGGACCGCCCCCGUGGAUAUGGCUCGGAAAGUGAGGAGGAACUGCCAGCUAGGGGGGGCAAAGCUGCAAAGGCUGCCAAACGCAAACGCGAGGAAGAGAAAGCAAAUAAGGAGAAAAUAGACAAAGGCAUCAGCAACUACUUUACCAAAGGCCCAGCUGCUGCGCAGCCCAAGGCAAAGCCAGUCAAGACGAAAGAAGACGACGAUUUUCUAGCUGGUUUGCUCGGCGAAGUCGAAAGCCGUCUGCCCCCGCCCAUUUCUCAAUCAAGCCGGAGCAGCAGAAUACAAGACAAACGAAGACCCCGGCCACUUUCUCCGUCUGCUGAUAGUCGACGGCCGUUGGCAAAGAAAGCAAAGUUAGUAGAUAGACGGGCUCCCACGACUCCGCCUAAAGAAUCGGACCAUGGUGAUGAUGGCGACUUCAUGAUGAAUAUGGAUGAUGGUGACUUUGCUAUGAGCGAUCCCCAACCAUCAUCCCCUGUGGCCAGAGCCGUGGAAAGGAAAUCCCAUAGUGCUAUUAAGGCAGAAGACGAGGAGGAAGACAUGAUGGAAGUUGCCCAAGCUGAUGGGAUUGUGACCGCGAGUGUCAAUAUGUCGGGCACCAGACCCGCCCCAAAGAUCAAAAAGACUGAGGCAUAUCCUUCUCCUGCUAGCUCGUCACCAAUACGGCCAUCCUCAGAGCGUGUUGACGCCUCCUCCUGGAAUGAUGUGACGGAAAAUUUAAAUGUCAUGAACAGCAGCCAAACGUCGGAGACGAUGUCAUUCGGCAAACUCGAUCAUCUUGAUGCAAUCGAAGAAGACGGCAGUCUUCGAAUGUUUUGGACUGAUUAUACGGAAGUUAAUGGCAGCUUAUGUCUCUUCGGUAAAGUUCAGAACAAGAAAACUGGCUCCUAUGUCAGCUGUUUUGUUAAAGUGGAUAAUAUCCUUCGGAAACUUUUCUUUUUGCCCCGACAAUAUCGCCAACGGCAUGGGAAAGAUACCAACGAAGAGGUCGAUAUGAAGGACGUGUAUGAGGAAGUUGAUGAUAUGAUGACCAAAUUAAGGGUCGGAAUGCACAUGAUUAAGCCAUGUACAAGGAAGUACGCUUUUGAGCUUGAACACAUACCAAAGGAGGCCGAGUAUUUAAAGCUUCUAUACCCAUAUCCUAAACCCCAACUCCAACCCGAGCACCAGACUGGGUCAACAUACUCCCAUGUGUUUGGCUCAAAUACGCCGCUCUUCGAACAAUUCGUACUCUGGAAGAACAUAAUGGGCCCAUGUUGGCUGCGAAUUGAGGAUGCGGAAUUUGGAGUUCUCAACAACUCUUCCCACUGUAAAUUGGAGGUCCAAGUCUCGAAACCUAACCUGAUCACGCCCUUGAGCGAGUCGGAGAGCAUGGAGGCGCCACCGCUGACUCUCAUGAGCGUUGCUUUGAGGACCGUUCUAAACGUCAAGGAGAACAAGCAGGAAAUCCUUGCCAUCAGCGCCCGAGUUUAUCAUGACAUCUCACUCACCGACACCACAUCCCCCGAAAAGCUGCCCUGCCGCUCAUUCACAACUAUGCGCCCUGUAGCUUCAAAUUUCCCAAUUGGAUUUGACGCUGAGGUCAAGAAACGAGGCAAAGGCCUUGUGAAGCUUGUGAAGCACGAGCAAGAAAUACUAAGCUUUUUUCUGGCCCAGCUCAAUCUGGUUGAUCCGGAUGUUCUGAUUGGCCACCAACUUGAAGGCGUAGAAUUAAGCAUUCUCUUCAACCGACUUCAAGCUAGAAGAACGCCUCAAUGGUCCCGUAUAGGUCGAAUGCGGCGUACUCAGUGGCCAAGCACAAUGGGAAAGAUGGGAGGCAACUUCUUCGCUGAGCGAUCCUUGCUGUCAGGGCGACUUUUGUGCGAUUUAGCUAAUGAUGCCGGAAAAUCAACAAUGACCAAGUGCACGUCGUGGAGUCUCACAGAAAUGUGUAGUCUCUACCUUCCCGGCACCAAUCGUCUCGAAAUCGACAAUGAGACCGCUCUUAAGACUUGGGCGACUUCGAAGGAAGGGUUGAUGGAUUAUAUCAGUCAUUGUGAAGCCGAUACUUUCUUCAUAGCUGCCCUAGCUCUCAAGGUCCAGAUGCUUCCCUUGACAAAAGUUUUGACGAACCUUGCUGGAAAUUCUUGGGCGCGAACCUUGACUGGCACUCGAGCCGAACGUAACGAGUACAUUCUCCUCCACGAGUUUCACCGUAACAAGUUCAUUUGCCCUGACAAAGCUGUCUUCAAGGGUAAACGGGAAAUCGAGGAAGAAAACCAAGAAGAGGGAGCAGGAGAUGUCAAGAAGAAGGACAAGUAUAAAGGUGGCCUUGUUUUUGAGCCAGAAAAGGGAUUGUACGACAAAUUCGUUCUAGUCAUGGAUUUCAACUCUCUGUAUCCCAGUAUUAUCCAAGAGUUCAACAUAUGCUUCACGACAGUGGACAGAACAAAGCUUUCUGAUGAUGAAGACCAAGUGCCUGAAGUUCCCGAAGAGCAGGAUAUGGGAAUCCUGCCUAAACUUAUCGCUACUCUCGUCAGUCGCAGACGGCAAGUCAAGAGUUUAAUGAAGAGCAAGAAUGCUACAGUUUCGGAAUUGGCGACAUGGGAUAUUAAGCAACUUGCUCUCAAGCUUACUGCUAAUUCUAUGUACGGCUGUCUCGGAUAUACGAAAUCUAGGUUUUACGCACGACCGCUGGCGGUCCUCACGACAUAUAAGGGCCGUGAGAUCCUGCGAAGUACGAAAGAUUUGGCCGAAAGCAGCGCGCUUCAGGUCAUUUACGGAGAUACUGAUUCCGUCAUGAUUAACGCUAAUGUUGACAAUGUUGGGGAUGCGUUCAAGGUGGGAAAAGAGUUCAAAAAAGCUGUAAAUGACCGCUACAAGCUUCUGGAGAUCGAUAUUGACAAUGUCUUCCGAAGAAUUCUGCUUCAGGCGAAGAAGAAGUAUGCGGCGAUCAAUCUUGUGGAAGUUGAUGGUAAAUGGGUUGAUAAGAUGGAGGUUAAGGGACUCGACAUGAAGCGUCGAGAAUACUGCAACCUGUCCAAAGAAGUUUCGUCGCAACUUCUAAACGAAAUCCUUUCCGGUGAAGAGUCAGAAAUUGUCAUCACUCGUAUCCAUGAUUAUCUUCGAGAGAUAUCAGCCAAGAUGCGCGAGGAUGCAAUCCCGACGAGAAAAUACACCAUUUACACCAAGCUUGGAAAAGCACCAAAGGAUUAUCCGAAUGCAGACAGCAUGCCCCAAGUUCAGGUGGCUUUACGCGAAAUCGCGAACGGUAAAACUGUACGUAAGGACGAUGUCAUGGCAUACAUUGUCACCGGCGAUGGGAAGACGACAUCCGAGCCUCCUGCAAAGCGUUCCUACACGCCGCAAGAUGUAGCGAAAACUGAUUCCGGCUUGAAGCCAGAUGUGGAAUGGUACCUCUACAAACAGAUCUUCCCUCCAGUAGAGCGUUUAUGUGCGAACAUCUCGGGCACUGAUACCGUCCGCUUGGCAGAUUGUCUUGGUCUUGAUGUGCGGAAAUACAGCAUCACCAACACAUCUAACGGUGGGAAUGAGACGGAGAUCCAUCCUCUCGAGAGUCAGAUUGACGAUGCAGUACGCUUUAAAGAUGCCGCGCGCCUCGAGCUUCGAUGCAGGGGAUGCAAGAUGUCGUUCGGCUUCGAAGGACUUGUUGAGAGUCAUGAUGUGUGCUCUCCGACUGGCAUCACCUGUGCCUGCGGAUAUACAAUGCCAAACAUAGCCAUAGUGGCUCAGCUCGAGCAUGCAAUUCGGCAACAGACUAGUAAAUACUACGAAGGCUGGUUGAUCUGUGAUGAUCAAGCUUGUGGCAAUCGCACUAGGCAAUUGAGUGUCGAUGGCCCUCGAUGUCUGGGGCCUAAGGGACUUGCAAGUGGCUGCUCAGGGAAGAUGCAUUAUGAGUACACGGAGAAGAUGAUAUAUAAUCAGCUUCUCUAUUUCGCCUCUCUGUUUGAUGUGGAGAAGGCUAAGAGCGCGGCUAGGGGUAUGGAAAAAGACCGUGUACUGGCACUUGUUGAACAUAAUCGAGUGCGGUUUGGCACGUUGAAAGGUGUAGUGGAUAAAUAUUUAGAUAAGUGUGGGAGACAAUGGGUUGCGAUGGAUAGUUUAUUCGGGAAGCUGGGAUUCAAAGCAUAA